CCGUCUGCAAGCGAAACCGACGAAAACGACACAACAGCCAGCGACACGGGAGAAAGCGAGGACGAAUUCGGCGAUCGCCUUCUAACCAACGAUUGGUGAAGGUGAAGCUAUACUCGAAGAAGAAAAAAAAAAUGGCACCUCAGGCUGUGGUACAGGUGACACAGGCCUGGCUGCGAUCCUCCUGGCAUGUCCAGGUGCCUUUCGCCUGGCUGGAGGCAUGUGUGGAGUGGCUACAAGAAGAGGCCGGAGGAGCAGGUCGACUAUCGCAACAGCAAAUCAACCAGCAGGCGCUUGACCAGUGGCUCUUGACGGACCUGAAGGACUUGGACCACCCUGUUCUCCCCGAUGGCCUCGCUCAAGCCUUGAAGACUGAGCUCAGGGGUACUUUCUGUGUCCAGGUUGACUCAUUACUGGACAUCAGUCAGCCUGCGUAUGGCCAGCUGCAGAAAUGGAAGGGCACAGACUGCACCAAUGAUGACGUAUCUGCUGUCACACAGACCACGCAGAGAUCGUGGGAGGCCAGACCCACGCGCAUGCUCUUACUGCAGGUGACCGAUGGAGUCCAGAGCCUGGAGGCCAUGGAGUAUCAGACAGUCCCUGCACUGAGCACUGCUCUUAGACCCGGCGUCAAGCUGCAGCUGCAAGGGCAGAUGGUUUGCAGACUUGGAGUGAUUCUGCUGGGGCCGUCCAACGUGAAGGUCCUGGGCGGGGAAGUGGAAGAGCUGUCUGAGAGGAACAACCAGGGGAGAGUACUAUGUCGGACCCUGGGACUUCCUGAAGAGCAUCCUCAGGAGCAAGAGGAGGAAGUCAGGGCGGAUGCUCACCAGUCAAACCAAGGUAAUGCUACAAACCAGGGAGGUCUGGACCUGGAACUUGAUGACCAAGAGCUGUUGGCCAGUCUGGAGGCCCAAGAUGAGGAGAUGAUGGCGGAACGGCUUCCGGUUCGGCCCCCUCACGACAGCGGCUACAGGACACUAAGCCCGAUUUCCACUCAGUCCUCCAGAAGCUCCACUGUCAGGAGUGUCUCAUCCAGAAGUGAGGCCUCUACCCAGCCCAACACGGGUGCAUUCAAUUCAUUCCAAAGCCGUCGCCCUAGCAACGAGCAGGAGGACUACGACCCCGUUGACCCGCGGUCUCCGGACCACGUGACCUUGGCCGACGACUUUCCCGACGAGGACUUUGACGACCUGACCCUGGACGAGUUGGACAAUGCGAUCAUUCAGGGGGCGGCAGAAGUGGACAGGGCCCAGAACAGAGACAGCGUCCGUCCUCUUGUACAGGAUGUGGGUGACGUCAUGGAGGACGAUAUGGACUGCUUUCCUGCAGAAGCUGGAUCUGAUGAAGUGGAAUCAGGAGACGCUCACAGCCACUUAGGUGGAAAUGAAAUCGAUGUGCUUUCUAUUAGGAAUUUUGAGAGCUCCCAUCGUGCAGUCAAGGGAGAAAGUCACGCCCCGAGUGGCGCCGAAGUUGAUAGAAUCGCGCCAAUAAUUCACCCCAUCACUCUGUCCUCGCCGCCAUUUACAUACCUGAACCUGCUGGAGGACACCUUCUCCGCGCCAGACCCACCCGCCUCCACUAGGAUCCUCGUCAAAGCCUUCAUCGUCACUCUCUUGGGCAAACUGAGCGCCAACAACGGCCUCUGGCGAAUCUGCGCCACCGUGUCCGACGGAAGCGGCUACCUAGACGUGGAGCUCUCAGACCAGGUCCUGACGGGCCUGCUGGGCUUCUCGGUGGCGGAGAAAGGCGCCAUGAGGCGAGACCCCGCCCGCAGGGGCGAGCUGGAUGCCGGAAUGAGGCGAUGUCAAGAGGAGCUGGUGGACAUGUGCUGCCUCAUGACCAUCGAGGUGGUCGCCGAGGGCAGCAGGAGAGCGGUGGUGACCCGGGCCGAGCCUGUCAACGAGAGGGUCCAUCGGGGGCUGGAGGCGAGGGUGAGAGACAGGAGGAAAUGAGAAUCGGUGGGGGAGGCUGUAAUGAGAACAAACUCACUGCUGGAUGUGAAAAUGAGAAAAGCCAAAUAUGGCAUUUUACAUCAGCGCAAGCCUUAAAGAUGUUUUUUAAUGAGACUUUUUUUGGUGGGGGUCUGAUGAUCAAGCUGUCCUUCUGCUUCCAAUCUGGAGGAGACAAUGUGUGAACUUGAAGUCCAUGCUGCAAUGCAGCCAUCUGCUAUAUGUGAAUAUAACAUGCUGUCAUUGAGACCACGCUUCAUUCAUUUAUUCACACUGAUAUUUUGUGCCCUCCAUCAGAUAUCAAAAAAUUUUGAAUUUUAACUAAAGCCAGGCCAAAAAGAAUUUGCAAUUGUAAAGAGUAUUUAAACCUAUACCAUCUUUGGAGUGGAGAAAACGGAAGCGGGUUUAUAUUCAGAUUGCAGUAAUGAAUUGGCGGCUUUGCAUUCAUUCAUUACCUCUAUUACGUGUGCCUGGAAAAUAAUUGAAUAUCCAAGGGCAGCGCGGGUCUUCAAUAAAGUCGCCCCGGGAGGGAAAAUAAGAGGAAAGGGAAACGAGGAAGCAGACAUGAUUUUCGAUUCUUUCUGUUCAUUACACAGCUCCUCUGUGUUUUUGUCCUAAUGGCUUCAUGUGGCACUAAUGUUUACGCUUUGUUAAUAUUAACUGUAUGCAGUUGUUUGAAAAGUCGUCUUUCUUUUCUUGUUUUAAUCUAUUAAAGAUUUGCAUCUCAGUGGGUCCCACAACUCCUCAAGAUUGUAUGAAAAGCAAACAGUUUGUUUCAAGGUUUGAGUCAGUGCCGCCUCUUAGGAAACACUGGAAACUAAAAGGUAGCCGCUCUGACGAAGAAAUCACUAUAUUUUAAGUGUUUGUUGAACUUUGCAAUCAUUUUUUAAAUUCAUUUAUGUACAGUUUGUCAGUG